GCUCCCCUAACGAACGCACCAUGACACCUAAACUGGGCGACGCUCCCCUAACGAACGUACCAUGGCGAGCUGUCAUUUGUUUUCAAUCGCACGCGUGUUCGAUCCUGUUUGUGUCGAUUGUGUUUGGCCCGAGGUUUGGCCGCUGUUUAAUCGAAAAAGUGUUAGUGAAAUCGCGUGUGCUCGUGAAAAAGGCAACAUCCGGCGUUUGUCCAACACGGUCUUGGACAAAUUUGCCGGGUGACCGAACCGGAACGGCUCUGGGAUGGCGGAACUUUUUCAUAUUUGGGGACUUCUUCUACCAGGCCCGGCGCCUGCUGCGGACACUUCCGGCCGGAUUUGUUCAGGAUGGUCGUUUCGUCUGGAGGCGAAAAUCGUUAGAGGCCUAUUUCACUAAGGAUUGUGCUUCACAAAUAAGCGAGAGUCCGCAGUAGAUCCGGCACGGGCUACAAACAUUUCGAACAAC